AUGGAACAAUAUUCAAUUGAUAAAAGUUUAAGAAAUUGCUUCAAGUAUCAUCAUUGGUUAGAUGUCUCUAAUAUGAUUUUAGAGAAUCCGCAUAGCAAUACAUACCCAUAUCUGCUACUUGACAAGCUAAAACAUCCGAUCUACAGAGAUUCGAUUAGAUUUACCAAUUAUGAUGCUAGAGUACUUUGUAGAUCCGUUAGAGAUUACCAGUUGUUUCAUUCGAUCUACCGGUUGAAACAACGCUAUUUCAUAGGAGCGGGUGUCGUUGAAUCAGCGUGUAGUGGUGGUAAUCUUGAGAUUGUCAAACUAUUGGUGAAUCAAGUGGAUCCUGUCGCGUUACCGUUGGAUGGCGCGAUGGAUUCUGCCAUUGACAAAGGUCACACUGACAUCGUCCUAUAUCUUCACAGACAUGUCAUUAGUAAAUCGCUACCAGUGGAACAGCAAUGUAACUACAAGAGAAUCAUUAAGAAGACGGAAUAUCAUCGGAAUUACAUUGCCAAUUGGUUCCGGCUGUGGCAGAACGACAAGAGCGACGGUCAUUCCGCAAUGUUAGAGUUGUUUGGUGGAAAAGAUGAAAUAGAUUGUAUAAAGCGGAUGAUAGAUCAACUGAAACCAAGUGUUUAUCAUAUUCUAUCACUUGGUUUGACUAUCUUUUAUCAAUUGGCAGAUAGCUAUAACUAUAGAUAUAAAGCACCGUUCGACAACUUGGAUCAACUUAAUAUGUCGAAUCUAUUCAAACAUCAAUCAUUCCUACAACAAUCAUUCGAAGAAAAAGCAGAGAUAGUAGCUAUAAUCCUAAUGCUACAGAGAAAGAAAGUACCGGAAUCCUCGACAGAAGUUAACUUCGAGAUUUCAGAAAUCCUAAAGUCCACUACAGAUUCACAUUUGGAUCCUCAUAAGACGAGUGACAAUUGGGAGUUGAUCUAUCUGUUUCUACAAUCGUUGAUUCAGAAUUCCAAUGAUCUUGACUACCUUGAUAGGAUGAUAGAGCUGGAGAUGUCACUUCCAAACAUUGGAUACCCGCAACUCGCCAAGAUAAUGAAACAAGCUGGCAACUCUAAAUAUCUUGUCUAUGGAUAUGCGAAUCUUGAACAACUGAGAAUCAUUCUCGAUCAGCUGAAUGACAAUCCAUUCGAUGACUUUUAUGAAUUCUCACACUCGAUCAUGUUUAAUCUAAUUUCGAAAAAGAAUCCCAAUAUUAUUGUUGCCGAUUUCCUUUUGGAUCGAUUCCUAACCAUUCAUCCUUCGCGUAUUGGCAUGGUUUUCAAUCUACUGGUAGAUAUUAAAGUGGAAUCAAGAGAAGCGAUCAAGUUUGUUUUCAUGAGAAGGAAUGAUUUCAACCAAGAACUGUCAAUCAGUGUCGACACAAUAAUGAAUAUCUUCAAUCAUCGCGGCCUGUAUGAGGAACUGUUGGAACUAAGUAAAUCAACUAUUCCAGAGACAGAGUGGUUCAUCAUGUUUGAAAAGGUUGCAUUCUCAACGACCGUACCAUAUGAUUGGCGAUAUCACCAUAUUAUGUCACUGAUAGCACCAGUGUUUGCUGACAGUGUGAUUCGUCGUCAAAACUACCGAUAUACCAAUAUUAGAAUCAAUCACGGUACUCCUUUCACAUCUAAUAACUUUAGAUAUCUUAAAUCUAUAGCCAAUCCGACAAUGAGAGACAGCCCGAUCAGGAUUGAAAUAGCUCACAUUGAAAUGGGAGCAUACGGAACACCAGAGAUCUAUCGACUUUUAAUUCAACUUCAAAAAGACAAACUUAUUGAAAUAAUCAAUGGUGCUUGGGAAUUCUUGGCAUUGCACCAUGCGCAUGCCCAUAGAAAUUACAAGCUGAUCGAAUCCAUCAAAUCUACGUCCGAUCUCAGUCUGUAUGAUAAAUGGAUUGGUGAUAAUAUGUCACACUCACGACAUAGGACCUAUGCAUCUACAGCCAAAGUACUAACAGUACCAUCGGUUCAACAUUAUCUCGAGUUUAUUCAAUCGCCACAAAACCAACAAAGAUCUGAACCAAUCCAACUGUCGGAUCUACUAUUAAAAUUGAUAAAAGAACUUUGUACCAUAGAGCAACUGGAUUAUCUGUACAACGUAGACGAUGGAAAAUGGAGAAAUGAAAUUCAAAUAGCGUUUUCAAAAACCGAUAUCUUACAACACUGCAGCUAUAGAAAUGAAAUCAUUCUCUGGCUUAUCAAUAAUAAUAUUCAAGCAAAAGUUGAUAAUACCAAUAACAAAUUUGAAUGUGAUAAUUAUAUAUUAAAUCUUUCAAAACAAAACAAUAUUUUAAUAUUUGGAAAUGAAAUUAAAAAUAAUAAUAAUAAUAAUAAUAGUAUCAAAAACAACAAUACUACUAAUUAUAUUAUUCUAUUGUAUUCAAAUCAAAAUGAAGGAAGAGAUUAA